ACAUCUCCUUACCCCCCACCCUUUUCUCCUGAUCUGCAGCAAUAACCGUGGACCAUGGGUGACUGGAGCUUCUUGGGGAACAUUUUAGAGGAAGUAAACGAACACUCGACGGUGAUAGGGAGGGUGUGGCUGACUGUGCUCUUCAUUUUUAGGAUUUUAAUCCUGGGCACGGCCGCUGAGUUUGUUUGGGGGGACGAGCAGUCGGAUUAUGUUUGCAACACCCAGCAGCCGGGUUGCGAGAACGUCUGCUACGACGAGGCUUUCCCCAUCUCCCACAUCAGGCUGUGGGUGCUCCAGAUCAUCUUCGUCUCCACGCCCUCGCUGGUGUAUGUGGGCCACGCCGUGCACCACGUGCACAUGGAGGAGAAGCGCAAGGAAAGGGAGGAGGCGGAGAUGAACCGCCAGCAGGAGAUGAAUGAGGAGCGGCUGCCUCUGGCGCCCGACCAGGGCAGUGUCAGGACCACCAAAGAGACCAGCACCAAGGGCAGCAAGAAGUUCCGCCUGGAGGGCACCCUGCUGAGGACCUACAUCUGCCACAUCAUCUUCAAAACCCUGUUCGAGGUGGGCUUUGUGGUGGGGCAGUACUUCCUCUACGGCUUCCGCAUCCUGCCCCUGUACCAAUGCAGCCGCUGGCCCUGCCCCAACACCGUCGACUGCUUCGUCUCGCGUCCCACUGAGAAGACUGUCUUCAUCAUCUUCAUGCUGGCGGUGGCCUGUGUCUCCCUCUUCCUCAACUUUGUGGAGAUCAGCCACCUGGGCCUGAAGAAGAUUCACUUUGUUUUCCGCAAGACCCCCCAGCAGCAAGCAGAGGGGGGGCUUGUCCCAGAGAAAAGCCUGGCCUCCAUGGCCGUCUCUUCCAUCCAGAAGGCCAAGGGCUACAAACUGCUGGAAGAGGACAAGCCCGCGUCCCACUUCUUCCCCCUGACAGAGGUGGGAAUGGAGGCUGGCAGACUCCCCACAUCAUUUGAGACAUUGGAGGAGAAGCUGGAGGAGGCAGGACCCCCGGAAAAUAUAUCUAAGGUAUAUGAUGAGACCUUGCCCUCCUACGUUCAGACCACUGAGGCAGAGGAGGGGGUGCUACAGGAGGAGGAGGAAGAGGAGGAUGAAGAGGAACCUCUUGCUGAAGCUGAAGGGGAGGCCACUGAGACAAUAGAAGACACCAGACCGCUGAGCAGUUUGAGCAGAGCCAGCAGCAGGGCCAGGUCAGAUGAUUUGACAGUAUGAGCCUGAAACAGUGCAAGGGAAAUGCCAAUAGUCUCCCCAGAAAGAGCAGAGACUAAGAACUUUCAACAAGAAAUUAAACAAAUUAAAUGAGAUAUGCCAAAAUGGCAAUGCAAGUGUAAGAAAACCGUUCUUAUAUACCUAGUAUUUUUGGUUAUUUUCUUAUUAAGUGAAUUCAAAAGGUUUGAAAACAAAAGGAACAAUCAACACAAGGUUAGUGAAUGUUUCGGUGAAAAUGCAGUAAAAUGUUUUUUUUAAGGCAAAUUUUUUAAGUGCUAUUUUUAAAAGUCCCAUCCUUCAGAUGUGUAGCUACUCUCUAUCAGAGAUAACAUGGUGUUUACAUUUUUGGGUUUAGAUCCAAAGUGACUUGUUUAACACUUUGUUUUACAAAUAGGAGCCUAUUAUAAAAAGAUCAGGGUAACAGUAAUGGGUAUAUGUUACCAAUAUACUCACCUCACUCUUCAUUUAUUUAUAACGAAUUAACCAAAUUUAAGUUACCUAGUGUAUAACCAAUAUGAAAUAUAAAAAAUGAACUUGAAAAAAGACAAUGUGUUAAUGAGCCAACCAUUUCCUAUGUGCCAUUAUAUAUAUAAAAAAUAUUUUAUAGAUGACUGUUUGAAUUAUAGAAAGCACCACCAGCCAUAUCCUUUCUUUUCUCCCUGUACAAACAGCCAGCAUGUUGAUAAAGAUCAAGCCCAAUCAGCAAAAGUAUUGUUGAACAAGAGACAAAAAAAAGCAUUACGGAAAACUGGAAUCCUUGAAAAUGAUGCAAAGAAAACUUUGUAUAAUACUUUUUUACUCGAUAUGCUAAUUAUCAAAGUUUUAAAAAUUGCGGCCUAUAUAUUGAAACAAUAGUUUUAAAAAAAUGCCAUGUCCAGACAAUAUUUCAGUCUCUAAUGCAUGAAUUUUAAGGGAUUGCACAGACAUUUAGCAUUAAAUUAAAGAGGAACAAAAUAGACCUGCAAGCAGAAAGACAUACAUUGUAUAAAAAGUUUUACUAUUUGUUAUUUUUAUUGUUAUUUAUUCAUUUUUUGCCAACCUUUACCCACCCUGGCUCUCAAACGUUACAGAUGUAAACAAGGCAAUUUAUCAUGAACAGAUUAAUGCAUAGGCUAAUAAAAACACAAUUGCUGUAAAUAGACAUGAUAGCUAAAAGUAAACAAGACAAUGUAAUAUAAAUUCAUCUUGUGUAAUAAUGUGCUAUUUAAAACUUUAAAAUACACUGUAUAGAACUUUUUCCCCCUUUUUUAUCCUAUUAGAUGUUCUUUGGAAGUUAUCGUGGACUGUACAAAUUAAUUGAUCAGAACUGAAAUGUUGCUCCUGUUGAGCUAUUGCAUUGUGCACAGCUAGUCGCUAACAGUACAUGUAAAGGUCCAGCCCCCCCAGAAAUGUCCCGUUUGUUAUGGGAAAUUUAACUUCUUUAUUUAAGAGCCUCAAGAAAAUGUUUUUUCUUUCGGAUGAAACAUACUAAGUCAAGGUUUUUUAUCAUAAUAUAUUAUAAUAUUUAUACAAUUAUACAUUAUUUUAUUAUGUGUGCAGGGGAAAACAAUACCAUAUGCUGUAUUAGUUUUUCCUUGCUUUUUCUCUCAAAAUGUUUUUCAUUUCUGUCGGCGCUUACUUUUUCAUAUCAUGUUACUCAUGUUGUUUUUUUUAUUUCCAAAAAGGAAAAACCAAAAUGUAGAUGAUGAGGAAAAAUACCUGUUUGAGAUUUCAGUGUUCGAUUUGUAUUUAUUCAAACUGUGUCACAAUGUAUACAAAAUUAAUUUGUGGAAAAACCACCUCUACCCUUCCUCUCGUGAUGUUAAAAUGUUUGUCUUAUGCCUCCCAUUGUCUUUCUUGAUAAUGUAUCAAAGAAAGUAUAGAUGUUUAAAGAAAAUUGGGGUUACAAAAUUCUCAUAUGCAUAUCUUCAAAUCAUGUAAAAAGCCAAAGCUCAAAAAAGAAUACUAAACGUAGAUGGAGCUAAUCGUGAGAUUCAUUACACCAAAGUGCUUCUGUACAUAUAUGUAUUAUUCUGUCCAUUCCUGAGCAUUUAAAUAAUGUUCCAUAAAUGGGGACCAGAAGAUUGUAUAUUUCAGAUUGUGUAAUCGCUGAACAUAUAUAUUUGUAUCUGAACCACUUUUUCUCAGAUUCGUUUUUAUACAUCAAUAUGCAAUACACAGGGCAACCAAAGUUUGAAAAGGGGUGCAUUAUAGCAUCAUUAAGAAAGUCGCCAUAAUAGCCAAAACCAGCUUCUUCGUACCCACAAUGAGGAGCUUCAGCCUUCUGAGGUCUAAUAUGCCUUCUCUCUGAGAGCCAGAUGAAUGGAAAUGAAAUGUUAUACUUUACAGCAUAAAUAAAUAGUUAAUGGAAGACAGCAUUUCAAAAUGUAUGAACAGACAAAGCAAAAACACCCAUUUCAAGCCUAGCCCAUCACACCUGGUAUUUGUUCUGGAAUUGUCCUAUGUCAUUCAGUUUUCUUUCCUUUUCUUCUGCCUAGCAUUUUCUAAUCAGAGCAGUUUCACUCUAAAGAAACCUUUUUACUAACUUGUAGUCUCUUUUGCUCAUAGUUGUGUGCAAGCAUUAUUUGAAAAAUGUGAAUGCUGCCAAUAAAAGGUCAAGUGUGGUCAAGGACUGAUGCAUCCCUGUCUUUUUUACAUGACACAUAAACACUCACAUAGACUGUACACUAAAUCUGGGCCCUGAGCUAUUAGCUUUUUCUGUCGCCAGUACUCCCAGAACUCCAGUGUGAAGAGAUAUGAUGGACACUGACCUUGCAAGGCAUCCACCCUGUAGGACUGGGCCCCAAGAAUACUCCUCUUGGGAAAUGUGUAUCUCACUCACUCUCCAGGCUCUGUCGAAAAAAACGGAUCUCUCUCUCUCUCUUCCCCUCUCUGUCAGUCCUAAUUGCUUUGAUUUGUAACAUAUUACAGUAUUUGUCAUUCAACUAUGACACAACUUGAUGAAAAAAUUCAUCAUAAAAUUAAAACAUGCAUCGAAGAAU